AUGUCUGAAAAGGUGGAAGACAUCAAAGACGCUCAAAUUGAUGACUAUUCCCACAACCCGAGCAUCAAGGGAGAAGAGCUCGGUGGCCCAGAACCCACUCCUGAAGAAUGGAAGGAUCUCCCCGAAGUCGGCGAUACUAUCCCACUCUCUGCCUUCCUUGUCAUCUUGAUUGAAUUCUGCGAGAGAUUCACAUUUUAUGGUCUCACUGGUCCUUUCCAGAACUACCUUCAGUAUCCUAAUCCCCCAAGCUAUCCUGCUGAACAGCCCGGUGCAUUGAACAAAGGCCAUCAGGUCGCAACUGCCCUAACCACAUUUUUCCAGUUCUGGUGUUAUGUUACUCCAAUCAUUGGUGCUAUUGUCGCAGAUCAGUAUCUCGGAAAAUACCGCACAAUUCUUCUCUUUACUUCAAUCUAUUUCAUUGGUGUCCUCAUCCUCACCCUGACCUCUAUCCCUGUCGCUAUUGAGAAUGGUGCCGCCUACCCUGGUUUCAUUGUCAGUCUGGUAAUUAUCGGUUUCGGUACCGGUGGUAUCAAGGCCAACGUCUCUCCUUUGGUUGCUGAGCAGUACAGAAGCCAAAAGGCCUAUGUCAAGACUCUGAAGAAUGGCCGACGUGUUAUUGUCACUCCCCAGGCAACCUACCAAAAGAUCUUCAACAUGUUCUACUGGGGUAUCAACGUCGGUUCCCUGUCUUCUAUCGCCACGACCGAACUCGAAAAGAACGUCGGUUUCUGGCCCGCCUACUUGCUCCCAACCCUCAUGUUUGUUCCCUGUAUUGCGGUCGUCUUGCUUGGUCGCAAGCACUACGUCCAGAACCCUCCUCGUGGUUCUGUCUUUGUCGAGGCCGGUAAGCUGAUUUCUCUCAGAUUCAAGAUCCCCGGAGGCUUCGCUGCCUGCAAACCCUCUGCUCUGGCACUCACCCACCCCGAAAUCGCCGCAAAUGUCACCUGGGACGAUGUCUUUGUUGACGAGUUGAAGCGCGCCUUGAAAGCCUGUGUCAUUUUCUGCUGGUACCCCAUCUACUGGCUGUGUUACGUCCAGAUCACCAACAACCUGAUCUCCCAGGCCAGUACAAUGUGGACCGGAAGCGUGCCUAACGACAUUAUGCAGAACAUUGAUCCUCUUGUACUCAUCAUCAUGAUCCCCUUCAUGGACCGCUUCGGUUAUCCUUUCCUGCGUCGCUGUGGUAUCCACAUGCGUCCCAUCAUGCGCAUCACCUUGGGUUUCUUCUUUGCUGCCGCCUCCAUGGGCUAUACUGCCGGUAUCCAGUCCAUGAUCUACAAGGCUCCCUUCUCCGGAGGUGACAUCCUCGGUGUCAAGAGAGACAUCUCAGCUGCUUACCAGAUUCCAUCCUAUGUGUUGAUCGCUUUCUCUGAGAUCUUUGGCUCCAUCACAGGUCUCGAGUAUGCCUACAAGAAGGCACCCCAGUCUAUGAAGUCCAUUGUCAUGGCUCUUUUCCUCUUCACCAACUGUAUUGCUUCGGCUCUUGCCUUUGCCCUCGUGUCUGUUGCCGUCGACCCCAAGCUCACCUGGAUGUAUACCGGUAUUGGUGGCGCAUGUGCUAUCGUUACCGUACUCUUCUAUGUUGUGCACCACAAGGAGGAUGAAACUGAUGUUGAGGAAGAUGCCAUUGGUCGUGACAAUGCUCAGGUCUCUGCUGGCCAACUCAAGCGUGCUAAUGCUACAAUUGACUACGAGGUUGAGAAGGCUGCUUCCUAA